AUGCAAGCUGGGCCAAGCCAGCAGCGGAGCCUCUUCGUAGCAGCUGGCGGAGAGCCACUCAAGCUAUGGCUGGACCCGAGGUUGCCCUCUUUUGCAGAGCUCGCCCCGCUCGUCCAAGCGUACGGCGCCGAGCUCUCCACCGACUCUGCCGACCACAACACCCAUCUUCUCAUCCUCCAUCCGUCCUCCCUGGACGUAUUCGACAGGUACUGCCACCCAUCAUGGCUACCUCAGAGCGGAAAGUACCGCUACCAGCGGCUGCUCAAAUCCAAGGGAGUGGAAGAAUGGAAGGAGAAGCUGGUCUUGGCGGAGAAUUGGCCGAGGAGCUGCAUCCAAGCUGGAAAGCUGCUGGGCGAGGAGGACAAUUGGGCUGGCUGCAGGAAGGGAGGUCCUCCACCUCUGCCCGCUGACAUGCCACAACCCCUCGGCUCGGUCUCCCUCAACGUCCCCAGCAUCAACGCCAUCUCAAAAGGACUGGCACAGCUCUCCGCUUCUGGCAAAAUUCUCCAUGCCCAGCAACAACCAAUCACUACAGCUGCCAGUCCGAUCACGCCCGGCCGCACCGAUACUCCACAGCGGCCAGGCAGAGCCUCCUCCCAGCUGUCACGCACCGCACCAGCGUCCGAAACCCCCGAUACGGCAGUGCAGACCCGGCGAGCGCGAAACAAAUAUCGGAGCGUCGUCAUGCCCAAGGAUCAUCCCCCCCUUAGCUCCCUCGUCAGCGAGUGGCAAAACGAGGCAGACCCGCCUGUCAUUCUCGCAGGAAAGCGGAUCUUUGUGGACAGUGGGCGUAAUGGACGAAGGAACACCAUCAGCAGUAUUCAUAAAAGCGGCGGUACUUGGGUCCACGAGAUCAGCCAGGCGACCCAUGCUCUGCUCUCGCCCGUGUUGGCAGAAGAAGAGACGGCCCGCCUAGAAUACAUCAAACAGGCUGCCGCUCAGCAGGUCUGGUGCGUCGCUUUCGAGUGGCUCGAGUCGAGCUGGGAUGCAGGUCAAUUAUUGCCAGAAGGAAAUUACGUCUAUCAGGGGGGUGCCCCGCGGGCUGGCGCGUCGGUCGUACGCCUAUCGGACGAGGAGCUGGAUACGAUCUUUACCGAGGCGCACGGGGACUAUCUUAGCGGCUCCAAAACAGCUUCUCAGAUCGCAGUCGAGCUUCUCGAACAGCACGGGACCUACACAUGGAGCACCUGGUCUCAGUUCUUUACGCAGUGGCGAAAUCGGGCAGGCCGGUUUGCCAAUCUCGCACCUCAACAGCCAGUCACCGAACGAAUCGUACCGCUACCCACGACCGCACUGUCGGCACCUACGACCGGUACCAUCGAAAUGGACAAGAUCUUCCGUAAUGCGCACCCGAUGAGUCUGAUUCCCGAUCGGGCUUAUGUGGACGUCGCUCGGCAUCUCGCAUCCAUCUACAAGGAUCUCUCCGAAGGCAGCUGGACCAAGAACUAUUACGAUUGGCGCAAGUUUAGCGGGCGGUUCAGAGCUACCGACGACCAUGUCGACUAUGCACCAUACACAAGGGUCUUUGCGCCUUAUGUAGCCCUGGUGAGGCAAGGUGUAUCGCUCGACAGCGUCUCGGACCGACUAGCUCAAGAGCAUUCAACAUUCCAUCACACUGCGUCCGAGUGGAACGUUCUAUUUGGCAAUUGGCUCAGACGGGGUCUGUACGAAACUGCCGAGCCGGACGAGGCAGCAGCUCAGCCAGCGACCUCUUCGGGGUCGAUACCGCCUAAGCGGACAGAACGAGCACGAAUGAAAAAGACGGAUCUCGCGCGGAUAUUCCGGGAAGAUUUCGAUACGCCAGCGUACACGGCUCGUCAGGUUGGGGAAGCGCUCUCGGCACAGACCCGCUUUGCGAUCGGCUCAUUGUCGAAUUGGUACAACCACUGGCGGAACGGCAAGGAACAAUUCGCCAAUCUCCCCGAGGAACUACGAUACACCGGCGGCGAGCCUGACUCGCCCGAGGAGGAGUCGGAGCGGGAAGCGUCGCCUCUUCCCGUCAAGCGCGGGGCCAAGGCAGCUUCGCCCCGGGUCAGAGUGUCAAAGAAGUCCAAGAAUGACUUUUCAGGCGUCGAGGAGGCGACGAUGGCGGUGUAUAUUACGAGGAGGGCGCCAAAGUUGACGGAAGCUUUCGAAGAGGAUUGGGAGGAGUUUGCAAAAGAGAAUCCUGCGAGACCUGCCACGCAAUACGCGGAGCACUUUGGCCGGUACCGCGCCCGAAUCAACAACCUCGUCAUCAAGCUGGGAGGGCAUGUACCGGGUCGGCGAUCAGGUGCAAAGCGGACAAGAGCGGGCUCGGCGGACUCGGACGGGUCGAUCGUGUUUGUUGCGGCGCAGGAUAAGCGGGAUAGGCAGAUGGAGGAUGUGGAGAUUGUGGAGAUUUUGGAUAGUGAUUAG